GGGGCAAGUCCUCUGAAGGCGCGGUUCUCGCCUUCGCGAUUGACGUCGUAAUAAGUUGAACACAGUUAUUAGCCCUUUCUCCUUCUCAGUUUGCCUCACAAGGUCCUUUCUCUGAACCAUGGCAGCAAGGGCCACAUAGCAGCAUGAGCACGAUGCAAACAGCGUUCAGUCAACGUAGACAGUAGGACAGGCACGACACGCUGCGCCCAACAGACAGAGUAUCUUCACUACUGUAUACCUACGUCUACACAUUCUACCGAAACAUUGCAAACCACCGAGCUUUGUCCCACCUCCUCGUCCACCCACGCACCGCGCCCCACGACCGCCCCUAUGACGUACCGCGAUUAUCCGCGUGCGCAAAACCGCCCUCCACCCCUCAUCGACCUCAUACCUGACAAUCGCGACCUCCUCGAUGUCUCCGACGAGGAAGACAGUUUCUAUGGCAAGGAUGACGACUGGCUGAUCUCACCAGAGUGGCAAGCAACAAUCGCACGAACUACAGACCGUAUCCCGCGACGGAUAAAACGCUACUCGGCUGUAUACCUCGCCGUCGCAUUCCUCUUCCUUGUGAGCUGGUGGACAUACCUUGGGCCACGAUACGCAAGAUACAAGCAGGAUUUGAGAGAUAUGGAUGCCUCCCCGCUGUUGAGCUACGGGAACAAUGUGCGCCCGGAGUUCAAGGGCAUGAUCCAGGUCAGCGAUAUGGACCAGCAGCAUCUGCCUAAGAAGCAUAGCAGGCUAAUCUUCGUUGGCGACGUCCAUGGGUGCAAGGACGAGUUGGAGGAUCUAUUGAAGAAGGUUGACUUCAAUCACAAGUAUGAUCAUCUCGUUUUGACUGGCGAUAUGAUAGCGAAGGGCCCCGACUCACCUGGCGUCAUCAAGCUUGCGCAGAAACUCGGCGCUUCCUGCGUACGUGGAAACUGGGAAGACAAGCUGCUUUUGUCCAUCGCAGAAGGGCGAGAACGACAUCUUGCGUCCACAUCGGGGCCAGACGACUCUACCGAGCUUACGCUCGACUUCCUCGACGACGAGUCAAACUCGCACGGCGACAACAAGCUCCGCAAGCUCGCCAAGCAGUUCACCAAAUCUGAGGUCUCCUACCUCCAGCAGUGUCCGGUAAUUCUCCGUAUCGGCCAAGUCCCAAACCUAGGCUCUCUCGUCGCUGUCCAUGCUGGUCUUGUACCAGACACACCACUCAAGCGACAAGACCCCUUCCACGUUAUGAACAUGCGAACCAUUGAUCUCAAAACUCGAAUACCGAGUUCCAAGCAUGCCGGUACCCCUUGGGAGAAGUUUUGGAACCAUCGACAGAAGAAAUUGCAUGAGAGUGAGCGAACGACGGUCAUAUACGGCCAUAACAGAAAACGUGGCUUGAACAUUCAGGAGUAUACCUAUGGAUUAGAUACGGGCUGUGUCAACGGCGAACGCCUCACAGCUCUCGUCAUAGACGGGCACGGCAAGACGGAGAUCGUACACGUCAAGUGUCGGAAUGAGAUGGGAUACAAUGCCGACUAGGGGCAAUAAUCCCGGUUGCACAUAUCCAUUAGGCGUUUAAAGCUUUUGGCAGUUGUAUCUGCACAUGCAUUCAGGAGUUGAAUAUUGUAUGCAAGCAUUGCGAGAGUGCAGCAUCCCUGUAUUAUCAGGGUUAAGACGGCUCGAGAGCGUGUCAAGCGCCUCCUUUUUUUGUAGUUUUAGCAUAGAAUUGAUAUUCGUUUGACCA